CCUUCACUACGAAUCCCUGAAAUCAGCGCUUUCCACAGUCUUGAAUUUCAACACAGUCACUACUUUGGUUAUCGUUAAUCCGAAUCCAAAGUGAAAAGAGGAAGAUGGGUGUGGGUAUAUCAGUAUUGAUAGCACUAAAAGCAACAACGCUAUUCAUGUGCUUCGCGUACCUAAGAAGCUUGGGUUUCACACUCUUCUCUCUUCCCUUUCUCUACGCUUCGCUGGUCUCAUUCCUGGUCUCAAUCGCAUCUCACCCAUCAAUUGACCUUCCAAUGCUUCUAGGAAAAAACACUGACGGUAGUUUCCCCAUUGUGUCGCUCAUAAUCUUCAGCCCUUACCUCUACUUUGUUCGAAUCUUCUCUUUGCUUCGAAGACUCAGAAGCGGGGAACCUCCCUACACGCAAGUUCACGAUGGUCUCUAUGUUGGAGGUUGGCCAUCUUCGCCCCAGAAGCUGCCACCUGGAGACCCUGCCGUCGUUGAUUGCACGUGCGAGUUUCCCAGGGUGAAGGACUUCACUGCUGGGUUGCCUUAUAGGUGCAUUCCCACGUGGGACACGAGAUCGCCUCAACCAGCUGAUAUUGAAUCUGCUGUUAAGUGGGCUUGCCGAAAGAGAGAACUCAAUAGGCCCAUUUUUGUUCACUGCGCUUAUGGUCAUGGAAGAAGUGUUGCUGUCAUGUGUGCACUGUUAGUAGCACUAGGCAUUACAGAGGAUUGGAAGAAUGCUGAGAAGCUGAUCAAGCAAAAACGGCCCUACAUCCGGAUGAAUGCUCUUCAUCGCAUGGCACUUGAAGAAUGGUCAAGACACCGAUUGUCUGUGCCGAAGAAGCAUAGACAUGGCUGAUUCUUUUAGUCAAUCACAGCAUGAUUGUUUUCCAAACAUUGCCGGCUUCAUCUGCUUUGAUCAUGUUGAAACUGACGCGUGGAAUAGUGGGAUUACGUAUUAUGGAGAGCUGGAACACCUGUAGACACGAUUUCGCUGUGUAAUGUCCAUGAACAAUGAUUCCAAGUGUAAUUUGUAGUAAGUUAUGAUUUAUGUCAAUUAUUGAACUGUUGGUAGCUUCUGGUACACGUAUUAAAA